AUGUUGUUCGCCACUGGCUUCACCACUCUAGCACUGCUCGCCGCAGAGGCAGCUGCUCACGGUGCCGUCACUAGUUACGUGAUUGGAGGUACAACAUACCCAGGAUAUCAGGGCUUUUCUCCCAACUCAAACCCCGUGAUCCAACGCCAGUGGCCAGACUACAAUCCAGUCACAACCGCCACGGACAGCAAGCUCCGCUGCAACGGCGGCACUUCCGCCGCCUUGUCAGCAAGCGUCAAGCCCGGCGAUAGCGUCGAGGCCAUCUGGGGCCAGUGGACACACGCCCAGGGACCCAUCAUUGUGUGGAUGUACAAGUGCGCCGGCGACUUUUCGUCCUGCGACGGUAGCGGGUCCAACUGGUUCAAGAUUGACGAGGCCGGCUUCCACGGCGACGGAAAGACCGUGUUCCUCGACACCGAGACGCCGAGCGGCUGGGACAUUGCCAAGCUGGUCGGUGGCAACAAGGGCUGGACCAGCACCAUCCCAGCCGGCCUGGCUGCGGGCAACUAUCUCAUCCGUCAUGAGCUGAUUGCCUUGCACCAAGCCAAGGCACCCCAGUGGUAUGCCGAGUGUGCUCAGAUCACAGUGACUGGAUCUGGUACAGCGCAGCCAAGUGCCAGCCAGAAGGCGGCGAUCCCAGGCUACUGCAAGCAAACUGACCCCAACAUCAGCGUGGCGAUCAACGACCACACCAUCUCACAGACCUAUACAGUUCCCGGCCCUGCAGUCUUCAAGGGCACCGCUGCCAAGAAGGCCAGACACUUCACUGCUUAA